GGGUAGUCCGGAUCCGGCACCACUGCUCCGGAGAAAGCAGCCAGCAGGGAGCUCGGCGCUUGGCGCUGCAAAGGAGGAGGAGGAGGCGUCGUCAUCCUAAGCUGCUUCACGUCGCCCGCGGCGCCUCCCACCGCGCUGGCCAGGAGGAGGAAGCGGAGUCGUCAUGGCCUCGUCUCCCGGGUUCUGCUUCUUGGGGUGGGACUUCAGCACCCAGCAGCUGAAAGUAAUUGCGGUCGACGAACGGUUGAGAGUCAUCUACGAGGACGUUAUUAAUUUUGACAAGGAUCUGCCAGAAUUUGGCACUCAAGGUGGUGUUUACAUACACGAUGACAGAUUAUCCGUCUCUUCUCCUGUGUUAAUGUGGAUCAAGGCCCUGGAUCUGAUUUUGGAAAAGAUGAAGUCCGCAGGCUUUAAUUUCUCCACUGUAAAAGCUUUGUCUGGAGCUGGACAGCAACAUGGAAGUGUCUAUUGGAAAGAAGGAGGAAGCUCUGUUUUGCAAAAUUUAUCACCUGUUCUUCCUUUACAUCAAUCACUGAAGGAUUGCUUUUCUGUCAGCAACAGUCCAGUCUGGAUGGACUCCAGCACGGCUGCCCAGUGUAACUCUCUGGAAGAAAAGGUCGGAGGGGCUCAGAAAUUAGCCGACAUCACUGGCUCCCGAGCUUAUGAGCGUUUUACAGGAAACCAGAUAGCGAAGAUUUACAGCCGGGAUCCUGAAGUCUACUCACAAACUGAGAAAAUUUCCUUGGUGAGCAACUUUGCAGCCUCUCUAUUCCUAGGUGCCUAUGCUCCCAUAGAUUAUAGCGAUGGAUCCGGCAUGAAUUUAUUGCAGAUUCGGGAAAAAGUUUGGAAUCAAGUCUGCCUAGAUGCUUGUGCACCCGAAUUGGGGAAAAAACUGGACCAACCUAUGCCCUCCAGCAAAAUACUGGGUUUAAUUUCACCCUAUUACACUGAACGCUUUGGAUUUAAUCCUUCCUGCAAAAUAGUAGCAUUUACUGGAGACAAUCCAGCAUCUCUGGCUGGAAUGAGACUUUCUGAAGGAGACAUAGCAAUUAGCCUCGGCACGAGUGAUACCCUGUUUCUCUGGAUUAAAGAGCCACGCCCUGCUCUGGAAGGCCACAUUUUCUGUAAUCCAGUUGAUUCACAAGCAUUUAUGGCCCUACUUUGCUACAAGAAUGGCUCCUUGAUGCGAGAGAAGAUCCGAGAUGCGCUUGCGUUGGGCUCGUGGGAAGAAUUCUCAAAAGCUCUCGAAUCAACAGCUGCUGGAAACGCUGGAAAGGUGGGUUUUUAUUUUGAUGUGAGGGAAAUUACACCAGGAGCUGUGGGAAUUCACAGGUUCAAUGCCCACAAUGUCGAGACACCAGCCUUCCCAAAGGAAGUGGAAAUACGGGCCUUGAUAGAAGGACAGUUCAUGGCCAAAAGGAUCCAUGCAGAAAAACUGGGCUAUAAAAUACUGCCGACCACAAAAAUCUUGGCUACCGGCGGGGCAUCCCAUAAUAAGGCAAUCUUACAAAUCCUGUCUGAUGUCUUCAGUGCUCCAGUGUACACAAUCGACACUGCUAAUUCAGCCUGCUUAGGUUCCGCUUACAGGGCCAUCCACGGACUUGUGGCAGAGGAAGGACUGCCCUUGACCGAUGUUGUGAAAUCAGCACCGCCCCCCCGAUUAGCUGCUACUCCCACUGCAGGCACAAGUCAGAUCUACCAACCUUUACUUAAAAGAUAUAUGGAACUUGAGCAGAAGGUGCUGAAUAAAUAAAAAUAGUAUCUUCAAAGAGAAUCUUAUCAGUAUUGAUUUAAAUGAAGAGAAUAUUGAAGAGUGAAAGAAACCGGACUCACAGUUGAAUGAAACAUCCCUUCGUUUUGUAAUUGAAUCAGUACUGUGGAAUAAACGCUGCCCUUGCCACUGUCUACACAAGUGGUCCUUCAACAUCCAUGAAUGCCUCUAGUAGCACUUCCAAACACGGAUUUUGCAACUUCAAAUUAGCUUUGGAUUUACCUGAUCAGAUAAUAUUUGCUCUUUUUGAGAGCCGAUUUAGCUUCUUUCAGUGAGAUAAUUAUGUGCACUGAGAUAGAAAGAUUCAACACUAGCCACUGUGGUUGGUGAAGUUGGCAUAUUUUGUUGAAAUUGACAAAUCAACUUCUUAGAAAAAUCUAAUUUGUAGAAUGUAGAAAAAUCUACAUUUAUUGGUGAUUGGAAGCCUAUAAUGGACUUUUUGUAUAAAAAUGGGAAAAAAUGGUAGGAAACAGAAUGAUAUGUAACU